UGUGGUGUGUUGGAUUUCUAUGCAGCGUGAUUUACAAGUGACACUGAUGAGAUUCUUGUUUCCCUUGAAAAGAUAAAGUGCAUCCCUCCACAUGGCACCCGGAUGAUUGUAUCUGUAAAAGUGCGAUGGCUAUAAAAACGGUGGAAACAGGGUCGAUUAACUUUCUUUUGAUUUUUGCGUCUGAUUUGUUAACGCGUAGUUGGCUGUAGCACAGUCUGGGUCAUCAGGUAGGAAUUUUCCACAGUGUAUUCUGUGAAGUGCAAUCAGCUACCGUUUAAUUGGAGAUGGUAAAACCAAGAACGUUUUGUGGAAUUAAGAAUCGAAGAGUGCAAAUUGCGUUGGUGCUAAGAGUGUUAUUUGUGUUGAGCUUAGUGGCUAUUCCGUUGAUCAAUUCGGUUUUUACUGUUUCGGAUGGAAACAACGUAGUCCAAAGGUCUCGCCCUCGUCGUCACUUACUGCAGAUCCUCCAGGAUCAAGUGGAAGUGUUCGAACCUGUCGAUAAUGAGAUUUUAUUGGAACCAACACCGGAAACAAUAACGAAGUUUGCGGAUACGACUGAAUCUCACUGGUUUCCAGGCCGCAAUUGUACACCCGCGGCAAUUUUCGAGUUUCCUUCAGAUGGAUUCACUCGCGAAGACCGUCGACAUGGUUGGAUUCUGGUGCAUCUCUUAAUUGCAUGCUACUGCUUCUGGUUGUUGGCCAUUGUGUGCGAUGAUUACUUUGUGCCAGCGAUUGAGUUGAUGGGUAAAAAAUUGCAAGUGAAGGAAGAUGUAGCCGGAGCAACUUUCAUGGCUGCUGCCUCUUCUAGCCCUGAAUUAUUCAUAAAUUGUGUUGGCACUUUUGUUACAAAAGGUGACAUUGGAGUGGGAGCUGUAGUAGGCUCAGCUGUCUUCAACAUUUUGGCCGUGCCAGCGGUUUGUGGAUUGUUUGGUGGACAGGUGGUGCAGCUAAAAUGGUGGCCUGUUACCCGCGAUUCGAUGAUGUACGGCAUAGCCGUUAUCGGUUUGAUCACUGUUUUGUCGGAUGGAAAGGUUAUGUGGUAUGAGGCGUUAAUACUGGUCCUGGCGUACACUUUCUACAUUACCGCAAUGUACUGUAAUGACUCCAUAAGUCGAUUCAUGACGCGAACCUUACGUCGGAAGUCGUACGUUCGACCAUACACAGAAGUAACCGAGAUUUCCCCUCUACUGUCGAAUGGACAAGCUGCUGGAGCAAACGGAGUUGCGAAAAAUGGUCAUGCUGCACAAUCCUGCGACAGCGAGGGCAGCGAUGAUAGCUUUGAAGAGUUCGAAUUGGCAUCAACUCCGUGGGAUCGACGGGACGAAAAUACGCUGGCCUACCUUUGCCGUUGGCCAAUAACGUUUUUCUUAUGGGCCACCAUUCCGGAUUGCCGCCGUUAUCCGAAGCUUAGAAUCUUAACGUUCUUCGCGUGCAUUUUCUGGAUAGGUAUUACGUCCUACUUUGUGGCAUUCUUAAUCACCGUUGUAGGUGACACCAUCGAUAUUCCCGACUCUGUUAUGGGUCUCACGUUCCUAGCGGCCGGCACCAGUGUACCGGAAGCAGUGUCCAGUAUUAUAGUCACUAACCAAGGUCAUGGUGAAAUGGGCAUCAGUAAUUCGAUCGGGUCCAACACUUUCGAUAUCCUGCUUUGUUUGGGGCUUCCGUGGUUGAUUAAAUCUCUCGCCUUUCCCGCGGUACCUGGGAAUCAAUGGGUUGCGCUAAACUCGACCGGUUUGACAUACUCAGCGAUAUCGCUGUUAUCAACACUGUGUGGGCUUUAUAUCGCGUUUUGGUUCAACCGAUUUAAACUAGACUGGAAAGUUGGGCUCACGUGUUUGUCAAUGUAUGUCGCCUUUUUGACGGUAUCCAGUUUGAUAGAGCUGAACGUGUUCUUCCAAGUGAAUCUUCCAACCUGCAUUCAUUGACGGCUGGUUUCGUAGUAACAUUAAGCGUCGUAAUGAUUGAGCUAACGUAAAGUUCUACUAUCGGUGUUAAGACAACUAGAGAUUAAUGUGUGCAUAUGCUACAGAAGUAUGUAGUUGACAAAUGAAAAUCAGAUGAACAUCAAUAAAGACAAAAAGCAUUUGAACUGUGGCAGUUAGUGAAUGCUUUAUGAUACCAUGA